AAAACCCUAAAAAGGGACUCCAAAACAUCAUUCUCUAAUUUUCCCACCUCUUCUCUAAAGUCUAAACCCAAUCUUCCCGCCUCCCCACAUCACACCCUCUCCUUCCUUGCUCUACAAUAACAAUAACAACCCUCACUUUCCCCCCUAAUCUUCAAUCAAAGCCCCUCACAAAUCUCAAGAUCCAUGAAGGGACUCUCAUCAUCGCCUGUUCGAAGAAACGACGGCUUCCACCGCUACUUGAAGCCAGGCGCUCUCGCUCAGAUCCGUAACACUAGACUCAACUCCAGAUCCAACUCCUCCUUAGCUCUUUCCCUCCCCAGCAGAGUCGACCCGCCAGACGCGACGCCGACGACGAUGGACCAGAUGCCUGAUCUCCUGAGCAAGAUAUACGGUGGUCCGUUUCGCAUCGGUAGGAAGAAACUUGGUCCCGCUAGAUCUGUGUUGAGGACGAUGAUGGAUUUAAACCCUCCUUCUCCGAACUCCACGCUUGAAUCCGCUAGUAAUGGUAAUAACAACGUUUUAAGUAUCGUCGAUGUUUUAGUUGCUCAUUGAAUGAUGUAACCCUAUUGUUUUUGUAUCAAUAAUUACUUUUGUAAGUUAGUAUUACGCUUGUGGAAAGAUCUUCAAUUCUCAUCGAGACUUUGUUAAUUGAAUGUGUUGAUUCAUUAUAUGAUUGCCCAAUUUGGCUUUUAGAUCAUUAA